GUUGUAUCUGUGGGCCUUCAGAUCGCGUCACAAGUCGGCGACUGAACCUUGGCUGUGGUGGCUGAGACGGCGAAAGCGGCAGCGGCGGCGACAACUCUGGGGUUUGUGUCUCGGGGUGUGUCGGCCGCCGCUGCUGCUUGGGCUUGGUAUGUACAAAUGGCUGGUUAGGAUUCUCGGCACCAUUUUUCGCUUCUGUGACCGGCCGGUGCCCCCUGCCCGGGCCCUCCUGAAGAGGCGACGCUCGAACAGCACUUCGCUAUCCACAGUGGACACUGAUGAAAUACCAGCCAAAAGACCAAGAUUAGAUUGCUUUAUUCACCAAGUGAAAAACAGUCUCUAUAAUGCUGCCAGCUUACUUGGAAUCCCACUCCAGCUGACCACAAAGCCCAUGGUAGCUUCUGCUUGUAACGGAACACGGAAUGCAGCCCCUUCAGGAGAGGUAUUUGCGAACUCUUCAUCUUGUGAACUGACAGGUUCCGGAUCCUGGAACAACAUGCUGAAACUGGGUAAUAAAUCUCCUAAUGGAAUAAGUGACUAUCCAAAGAUCAGAGUGACAGUAACUCGCGAUCAGCCUCGAAGAGUCCUGCCUUCCUUUGGUUUUACUUUAAACUCAGAAGGCUAUAACAGAAGACCAGGUGGCCGCCGCCAUAGUAGAAGCAAUCCAGAGAGUUCCUUAACGUGGAAACCUCAAGAACAGGUCACAAGAGACAUGAUUACUGAAGAGGGUGGCAAGGGUCUAAGGCGUCCCCAUUGUACUGUGGAGGAGGGUGUUCAAAAAGAGGAAAGAGAGAAGUACCGAAGGUUAUUGGAACGACUUAAAGAAGGUGUUCAUGGAAACCCUGUUCCUCCUGUAAUAUCACCUCAUCACAGUUCUCAAAGAUGUCACAUGGAUACACUAAAGACCAAAGGCUGGGGAGAAGAUCAGAGUCAUGGAGUCAGAACAACUCAGUUUGUUCCAAAACAAUAUAGAGUUGUUGAAACAAGGGGGCCUCUAUGUCCAGUAAGGAGUGAAAAGAGGUAUUCAAAGGGGAAAAUUUUUGAUGCAGAGAAGACAGUUGGAAUCAAACUUGAAAAUGAAGGUAGGAGGGGACACCAGCUGGAACCUGACCUGUCUGAAGAAGUGUCAGCCCGACUCCGCCUGGGCAGUGGAAGCAAUGGCUUAUUCAGGAGGAGAAUGUCAGUACUUGACACAAAAGAAAAAAAUUGCUCAAGCAAAGAGAGGGAUAAAAAAAUGGAUGAUCUUCUUGAACUUACAGAGGACAUGGAAAAGGAAAUCAGUAAUGCAUUAGGUCAUGGCCCACAGGAUGAGAUCCUCAGUAGUGCUUUCAAAUUGCGAAUCACUCGAGGAGAUAUCCAGACCUUGAGGAACUAUCACUGGCUCAAUGAUGAAGUCAUUAAUUUUUACAUGAAUCUUCUGGUAGAAAGAAAUAGAAAACAAGGCUAUCCAGUACUUCAUGCAUUCAGUACUUUCUUCUAUCCCAAAUUAAAGUCUGGAGGUUACCAAGCAGUGAAAAGAUGGACCAAAGGCGUCAAUCUCUUUGAACAGGAACUAAUUCUGGUGCCUAUUCAUCGGAAGGUACAUUGGAGCCUGGUGGUGAUAGACCUAAGAAAAAAGUGUCUUAAAUAUCUGGAUUCUAUGGGACAAAAGGGCAACAGAAUCUGUGAGAUUCUCCUUCAGUAUUUACAGGAUGAAAGUAAGACCAAAAGAAAUAUUGAUCUGAAUCUUUCAGAGUGGACGGACUACAGCAUGAAGCCACACGAGAUUCCUCAACAGCUGAACGGGAGUGAUUGUGGAAUGUUUACUUGUAAAUAUGCAGAUUAUAUGUCUAGGGACAAACCUAUCACAUUUACUCAGCACCAGAUGCCUCUCUUCCGGAAGAAGAUGGUGUGGGAAAUCCUUCAUCAGCAGUUGCUGUGAGAACGCCCUACCCAGUCCCUUAGCUGCUGGUGGUUCUUUCUUGGAGGGACAUUUUCAUAUACCUCAUGCAUUGUGGGUUAAAAAGUCCCUGCAUCACCUGUUCCGUCACAGGUACUGACGAGCAUGAAGGCCCUGCACCCUAGUGCCCCGACUUGGUAUGCGGAGGGCUGCCUGCAACCGUGUUUGAAAGGAUAUGCUUGCUCAGAGCUCUGGACUCUUCAACCCACAUAGGAACAAACGCUAAUUAAUACUUUAUUUUAAAUAUUUUUCCCCCCUGUGAAUGUGUAAAAUGCAGGAUUUAUUCUAUGAGUUGUUUUUUUCUGUGUUUGUUCAUGUGUAUUCAUUCUCUGACUCAUUUGCAAACGUAAUGGGCAGUGGCCGUUUCUGCUGCUCUCUUACAGUUAACUUGGAAUUGUUUGAACUAUUUAUUUCUGAAAAGAAUGUUAAUCAAGCUUCCACUGCCUGCUGAAGAUGGGGUGGGAACUCAGUGGGGGGAGGAAGGAAGGAAGGAAGUGUUAAUUAACUUCUUUAGUGCUGGAGCAGUAACUGCCAACUUGAAGCUUGAGGUCUUUCUUUGAGGCUUGAAAAUGCGGGGAGAAGCGCUGCGGUGCAGGGCUCUGAUCGCUCUUCAGAGGAAGCCUGAGGCGCGGCAUUGGCACUGUGUCAUGGAAAAGCGGAACUGUGGCCAAGAAACUCUGGCUACCCAGGCAUCUUCAGAAGAGUGUCGUGGUCAUCCUACAGAGACUUUCCUUUCUGGAAAUGAGGUGAUUGCUCUCGAAACUGGAUUUGAAGUAACCGUAAACCCUAAAUUUUCAUUUUCAUCCCAGAUCUGGUAGAGUGUAAACCUCAGAAUUGUAAGGGCUGGCCUGAGCUGUUUAUUUCAAAAGAUGCUAUUCAAUUUAAAGCUAUUUUUCCUCAGAAUUUUUUUUUCUAUAUAGAAAGCUAAAAUUAAGUUUUGUACUCAUUAGGAUUUAAACCCCCCACUCCACCCCUACUGAAAUUUGUGGAAGAAAAUUUAGUAUUUGGCUCUGAGGUUACCGGUUAUACGAUAAUCUAUUUUGCAUAUGAAAGUUUGUAUUUAACAUUUUUGUUCAUUAAAAACUUUACAGUGGUUAUGCAUUUUUAAUUUCAGAAAGUUUAGAGUUCGUCAGAACUUAUUUUGCAAGAUCUAGUGCCUAGUGUUGCUUUUCCGAUGUAAUAAAAGGUUGCCUGGCAGAACCUGAAAA